UAGGAAACUCCAUCAUCACCUUAGUCGUUUCAUAACCUUCUUACCCGUUUUUUUUUUGAUUAUUUGACAAAAUUAGGUAAAAGUAACUUGGAAACUCGUAUUGGGUUAUUAAAUGGAUAGCGAAAAAAAGACCUGGAUUGCGCCGCUCACCUCGAACACCAACAGCAAUGUGAGUUCCAUGGGGUCUUCGCCGCGGAGCUCGGGCUCCCAGUCGCCAGAUGUUCAGCCGAGGACUCAGCCUCAGCCUGCGGCCUCAGCUAAGAAGUGCACCUGUCGCACCUGCUCCUGCCCGCGUCCUGAGCCAAAACUGGCCUCUAUAUUCCGUUCCCCCAGUGUGCGGCCACCGAGCGAAGUCCCCAGUCCCCCGGUAAACAAGGCCGAAUCGGAGCGCUCUCCGUCGCCUCAGAUGUCUUUGCCAUCCAACAGGAGCAUGCACAUAACAAUGGAGCCUUCGAGGAACGAGGACUCACAUUUCGCCACCGAACAGGUAAUGGAAACUCACAAGUACUUGCUUGACGAGGACGAGGAUGAGCCGCACUUGGGACGGAUCUUCGGUGUUUCCGGCCCGGUGGUGAACGCCGAGGAGAUGGCCGGGGCCGCCAUGUACGAGCUGGUCCGCGUGGGACACUACCAGCUGGUGGGCGAGAUCAUCCGCCUGGAGGGCGACAUGGCCACCAUCCAGGUGUACGAGGACACUUCGGGCGUGAGUGUCGGGGAUCCCGUCUACCAGACGGGCAAGCCGCUGUCCGUGGAACUGGGCCCCGGCAUCAUGGGCAGCAUCUUCGACGGCAUCCAGCGACCCCUGAGGACGAUCAGCGAGCUGACCAACUCCAUCUACGUGCCGAAGGGCAUCGAUGUGCCGGCCCUGCCGCGGGACAUUUCGUACUCGUUCACCCCCGCCAAAAUCAAGAUAGACGAUUUGAUAACCGGCGGGGACGUAUACGGAUCGGUUUUUGAGAACAGCAUGAUGCACGACCACCGCCUGAUGCUGCCUCCCCGAUGCAAUGGGCGGAUCAAGUGGGUGGCUCCCGCGGGAAACUACUGCGUGGACGACGUGAUCGUGGAAACGGAGUUCAACGACGAGGUCACGCGGCACACCAUGCUCCAGGUGUGGCCGGUGCGCAAGUGUCGUCCGGUGGAGGACAAGCUGCCCAGCAACAGUCCCCUCCUGACGGGCCAGCGCGUCCUGGACGCCUUCUUCCCGUGCGUCCAGGGCGGAACAACCGCCAUUCCGGGGGCCUUUGGCUGUGGAAAAACCGUCAUCUCGCAGGCCCUGUCCAAGUACUCAAACUCCGAUGUCAUCAUCUACGUGGGCUGCGGCGAGCGGGGCAACGAGAUGUCCGAGGUUCUGCGGGACUUCCCGCAGCUGGAGGUGGACGUCAACGGGACCAUGGAGUCGAUAAUGAAGCGCACUGCCCUGGUGGCCAACACCUCCAAUAUGCCCGUGGCGGCUCGCGAGGCCUCCAUCUACACGGGCAUCACCCUCUCUGAGUACUUCCGCGACAUGGGCUACCACGUGUCCAUGAUGGCGGACUCCACAUCCCGAUGGGCGGAGGCCCUGCGCGAGAUUUCCGGACGUCUGGCCGAGAUGCCUGCGGAUGCUGGCUAUCCGGCCUACCUGGGAGCCCGCCUGGCCUCCUUCUACGAGAGGGCUGGACUGGUCAAGUGCUUGGGCAGCCCCGAUCGCGAGGGAUCCGUGUCCAUUGUGGGAGCUGUCUCGCCUCCCGGCGGCGACUUCUCCGAUCCCGUGACCUCCGCCACUCUCAGCAUCGUUCAGGUGUUCUGGGGGCUGGACAAGAAGCUGGCCCAACGGAAGCACUUUCCCUCGGUGAACUGGCUGCAGUCGUACUCCAAGUACAUGCGCACCCUGGACAACUACUACGAGGAGUCGAAUCCGGAGUUCACCCAGCUGCGAGCCAAGGCCAAGAAGGUGCUGCAGGAGGAGGACGACCUGGCCGAAAUCGUCCAGCUGGUGGGCAAGUCGUCGUUGAACGAGGAGGACAAGAUAACGCUCGAGAUGGCCAAGAUGCUCAAGGACGACUUCCUGCAGCAGAACUCGUACAGCCAGUACGACGCCUUCUGCCCCUUCUUCAAGACCAUAGGCAUGCUGCGCAACAUGAUGGCCUUCCACGAGGCGGCCAUCACGGCUGUCCAGAACACGGCCGACCAAGAGGCGCGGGUCACCUGGGGACUGAUUCGCACCCGGGCCGCCAACGUUCUCUACGAGCUCUCCAUGAUGAAGUUCAUCGACCCCAAGCUGGGCGAAGCGGCGGUCCUGGAAGCAAUGGACAAGCUCCACGAAAACAUCCUGCUUACGUUCCGGGACAUAGAGGAGAACGUCGAAGAGUACUAACUAUCAGGUAUCCGCGAUUGAAGCCGAGUUCCCAUCUUGCCUACGGAGUUUGCAAAUUUUGAGUGUUUUCACAAAGUAUUCAAAGUGCUUUCAUUAGUUUUGGCUUCUAAAAUUGGCCUUCCGCGUAAACCAGCUUACACUUAAAUUGGAACCUUGUGUCUGAACAUUUUAUUGUGAUUUAGGAUGUAUAAAUAAAUGAAAUACACCUUAAA